UUUGGUUUAUUGUUGUUUAUAAUAUUACGUGGAGUUUAGUUAAGACAAGAAGAACAAAUUCAUGAUGAGUUUGAUUUUUGCAACCACUAGGUUUGUGGCUGUGCAAUUUCUACUUAAAUACAGGAAGCUACAGCAAAACAAUGUCGCGCUGCGAAAAAAUUUUCAGCAGAAAAUGCCUAUAUAUGGCUUUCUAAAAAAUGUCCCAAUGUUAAUGGGGGCACUAUUUUGGAAGUCACAAGCACAAUCCUCGGAUACCAAAAAAACCGCUAUUUCUGCGACUCUAGAUCACGCUGAUCAAUUGUUUGAAAAUGGACAUAUAGAGGAAUGCUACCAGUAUUUAAAAAACGUCCAGAGCAAUGAUGUAGAAAUACAGUGGAGACUUUGCCGGGCGAUGUAUAACAUGGCAAAGGAAUCAAAAUAUGAAAAAUCAUAUAAAAGGCAAUUAAUCUCAGAAGCAUAUCAUAUUAUAUCUUAUAUAAUAGAAGACAAUUACGAAAACUAUGCUGUACAUAAGUGGUAUGCAUUAUUGCUUGAUGCGGAAAGCACAGAAAUCGGCCUCAAGGAACGGAUAAAGCAACUUGAAAAUGUGAAGAAACAUAUGGAUAUGGCUGUUUCACACAAUCCAAAUGAUGCAACUACUUUAUACAUGCUAGGAGAAUGGUGUUACCAAGUCAGUGAAAUGCCCUGGCAUCAAAGAAAAAUAGCAGAGACCUUCUUUGCAUCACCUCCUUAUUCUACUUAUGAAGAAGCAUUGGAAUAUUUCCUUAAAGCAGAAUCAACUCGACCAAGAUUUUACAGUCUAAACUUGCUUAGAUUAGGGAACUGCUAUUUAAAAUUGAAAAAAGAAGAUCAAGCUAAAUAUUACUUGAAGCUUGCAGCUAGUUAUCCAGCUAAGACAAAUGAUGAUCAUCAAGCGAAUAAAGAAGCUGCAGAAUUACUGAAGCAAUUAAAAUGAUUGAUCACAAGUAAAUACUCAAUGAUAAUAAUAAAAUUAUACUAAUAGUAUGGUCAUGGGUCACGGAUUAAGAGUUAUUAUUGUAAGAUUUUACGGUUUAGACACUUGUUUUAGUGACUCACAUGACAUGUUUCGGAGAGCCUAGGUCUCCUUUCUCAAGCACUAAUAGUGCGAGCGGCGUUCACGACGGCCGUGUGUCGCGUACGCGUACUUAAAUUCGAUUAUAAUUGUAAGUUCACUUGGCACUUUGUUUGUGUACAGUCGACGUCAAAGAUAUGCUUAAUUUUUUUACAUGUAAACAUAUCUUUGACAUCAACUGUAGCUACUUUAUUUUGCAGAAUACAUAUACUCAAAGUAACACGAAAAACCUUGAAAUAUGAAGUCUUCUAAUUUUUAUGUACCAGUACCAGUUGCACACAAUAUUUUUUUCUAAGACAGCAGCAAACACUUAAAAUUAUAAAUAAAAAUCAGUUAAUAUUGGUUUGUAGAUCUUUGCCUAGAAGUCAGAAUUAGACAAGUGCGAGUCGGACUCGCGCACUAACGGUUCCGUACCAUUACGGAAAAAUCGCCAAAAAAUUCACGGUUGUU